AGAUGCACAGGUAUUUGGUUUCUGGCCUCCAGGUAGAGUUGCGUCAUGUGCGUUUCCAUGGAGGCAAAUGACAGCAAGAAGCACAUAGCUUUAUUCCACGUCUUUAGCCGGGUGAGUGCAGUGGCAGCUAUGGCGAUGUCCAAUAAAAGCAAGGAGUCUUCAUGGAUGAAAAAUGGCCCUCCUUUUCAAUACAUGCUUCGGGCAUCUGGGCAAUGUGAGAUCUGGUAUGAUUACACCGAUGAGGCGAAAUUUCGUCAGUAUGGUUGGCGUUGUUCAACGAGCGAAAACGCUUAUUCAAAUACCACCCUCAUUGGCAACUGGUCAGAAGAGAGGUUUGACACCCGUCGAAUUGUGACGUUACGCCGUCCAUUGCCUCAUCAGUUCUCCCACUAUUUUGAAACCACAUAUAAUUCCAGCUAUAACAAAUAUGAAGGUCGGCCAGUUUAUCAAACACCAAAGAGAGAGUCGAGAAGCUUCCCGGGCCACCAACCAGAACUGGACCCUCCACACACAAAAGGUGUGCCAAAUUCCUGCUACAGACUGGACUUCAAAGAACAUCGACAUGAAGAAAAAACAGAUAGGCCUCAAUGCCUCAGAACAGGAGUGUAAGAGAGACAGACUGAAGCUUUGUUGCUGAGAAACUGCUUCAUCACUCUUAAAACGAAACCAGCUUCAAGAGUCACAAUGUUUCAUUGAACAUAUCCAACACUGACUUCUGUGAGUGGUCGAUUGUAUAUAAUAAAAAAAGCACAGUCUCAA